AUGGCAGAGCAGGCAGUACGGCCCGACGGCAUCUCGUUUCGUCGCUGGGAGAAUGGCCAUCGUAUUGGCUUCACUGAUCUCUCUGAAUCAUUUAUCGAGCUCUGUGGGGCACCAUACUACGUCGCACAUCGUGCUCACCUCCACUCUGCUCUCUGUCAGCGGGCCAAGGAUCUUGGGGUUGCGGUUCGCUUGGAUAGCAGGGUCGCUGGCUACAACCCUCACCUACCAAGUGCGACUCUGGCUAGCGGCGAGACUUUUUCAGCUGAUCUCAUUGUUGCUGCCGAUGGCGUCAAGUCGGUAGCUCGAAAUCUGCUCCCCUCCAACCAAGUCGAGGCAACAAACUACACUGGGUUUGCAGUCUACCGAGCCACGGUGGAUGUCAGUAAGAUGAGAAAGAUCCCAGAAAUUGCCUGGAUCCUUGAAAAGCCUGGAUUGCACGUCUGGAUUGGGGAAGAUCGUCACGUCAUGACUUACACUAUUGCUGCCGGCGAAUCCUUCAAUAUGGUGCUAUCUCACAGGGACUCGAGGGAUCCUUCAACGUGGGAACAAAAGACCCAAGCCGAGAUUCUGGGAGAGAUGAGAGCAGAAUUCAGUGGUUGGGACUCACAGCUCACGAAGAUCAUCGAACUGAUUGACACCACAAUCAAGUGGCCUUUGAUGGCUGGCGUCCCGUUGGAUAAAUGGGUUGCGGAUUCCGAGCGUCUUGUUAUCCUUGGCGAUGCAGCCCAUGCAAUGCUCCCCUACAUGUCGCAAGGGGCAGCCAUGGCAGUUGAAGACGGUGCCGCUCUGGCUGUGGCCCUCAACAACAUUCCAAAUCGUGAAAAGCUCGGUCUUGCGCUUCAGUUGUUUCAGAGAGAAAGAAAAGCACGCACCUCCAUGAUGCAGGAGGCCAGCAUGGUGAAUGCCCUGCUAUGGCACUUCAAGGAUGGCCCGGAACAGAAGGCUCGAGAUGAGGCGAUGCGUCCCGAAGUUGAGGGUCGCAAGUUUGCGAGCAGCCCAAAUCAGUGGUCCGACCCCCUCACUCAAUCAUGGGCUUAUGGUUACGACGCCGAGGACAGGAUGUUGGAGCAAUGGAAAUGGGAGAGUGAGGCGUAA